AUGAAACAAUACUAUUUAAACUUUGAGUUAACUCUCAAGAAUUUUGAAAGGAAAUCUUAGCCAGAAAAUUUCGGCUAUGACUAUAAACCAGAUCAUUUUACAGAUAUUCUAAAAUCAAAUCCGAUCCAAUUUAUGGUUAGAAAUUGCGAACAUGGAAGUAUAGAAUAUCUUUUAGGGGCACUCGACAAUAUCUGUGAAAUUUAUGAGUAAAGUCUACACAGUGAUUUAUUUGCCAAAAAAAUAGAAGAAAGUUUCUUCUUUGUAUUAUCCGAAUAGUAUAGUGAUAUCAUGAUAUUUAGGAAACGUUAGGACUAUUGA